AUGUUCAAUCAGUUCAAAGCUGAUUUUUCAGGCAUCACCCUAGGCCCAGAGAGGAUCUGUGUGUCUCAAGUUAUUCAUAAGGCAUUUGUGGAAGUUAAUGAAAAAGGAACUGAGGCUGCUGCUGCAACAGGUGUGGUUAUGAUGGCCCCUGCGGGACUGAUGAUAAAUCCCAUCUUUUGUGUUGAUCACCCAUUUUUGUUUAUGAUUUGCCAUAAGAAGUCAAAUGCAAUUUUGUUCAUGGGCCGCAUGUUGAAGCCACCAUCAAGCACUUGCUAAGCAUUCUAUGGCAAAGCACUGGAUUUAAUAAAUAAAUAAAUAAAUAAAAAUAAAUAAUUAUUUCACUUUCUUGCAGUUAAAUAAAUACUGAAUCAACAAGUGAUAUAUAUGACGUAUAGAAUCUAAAAAAUAGAACAUAACUAUGCUAGGAGUAUACAAUAAGAGUAAUCAAGUUUAAGGAUAUCUAAAUGUAAAAAAUUCUUGGCUCUCUUAGUUCUUCUUAAUUUUUUUAUUGUUCUUUUACUACCAGAUCUUAAAUUAUAAGAGACAGUUCUUGAUAGAGAUUUGGGAAUCAGGCAAUGAUUAAGUGGGUUAUUGUGUUUGCUAUAUAGUCAUAUCAGAGACAAAUCGACGAUCACACAGGGAAACCCUUCUAUUUGCUAGAGAUGAGACAUUUGCCUCUAAAAGGCCUUGAUUGUAGGCUGUGCAUUCAGGAUAUAUAAUUUUGAGUGGUCUCUUUUGAAUACAAUCUAUCCUAUCAGACAAGUACUCUGGAAUGUCCCACUGGACUUGAAUCACAUACUCUAAAAUUGAUCUUACGUUACUUAUAUACACUUUCAAGUUGUCAUGUUUCAUGUGGGUUGACGUUUGGGCAUUUUAUUAGUCUUAGGGCAUACAGAUGUUUUGCAGCUUUAGCAAUGAUAAUUCAGUCUACAUGUGAGUUCCAUUUAAGAUCUAGUUAUUAAUCAUUGUACAUUGAUCAUAGAUCCAGCAUAUAAAAGAAUGACCUUGUCAGAAUCCAUGCAUCUCUUAUAAAACAGUUCAAAUCAUCCUAUGUGAAUCAACUUAUCUUUAGCUAUGAUAUUAAUCAUUCCUUGAUGUAAAUAGAGGAUCUUGACAAACUGUGAGCCAGCGAGCCAUGCGAGUCACGUGAGGCAUCGGUAAAAAAAUAGGAAACACAGGUAAAAACUGCAAAAUUACAGAUGAGGAGUUGAGCGCUCAUUAUACUGAUAAGGGUUAAGCACUCAUUGUAGUGAUUAGGGUUAAGCUUUCAUUUUACGGAUUAGGGUUAAGCACUCAUUUUAGGGCUAGGGUUAAGCGCUGUUUAGGGUUAAACACUUAUUUACAAUGGUUAGCGUUCAGUUAAUGUUUUCCGCAUUACUGUUUUCGAUUUUUAUCGUGUUUUUUUCAAUGAUUCUUCGAUGGACUGCAUGGCUCGCUGGCUCGCAUUUUAUACACACUCUAAAUAGAUGUAUAAUAUUUUUUUAUUGUUCUAAGAGCUCUUAACUGUUUUUUAUUUGUUUAGGUAACUUGUAACUUGAGAUGAGUAUUUUUAUCUUUUGAAUUUAUUGAAGACAUCUAUUCUAUUCUAUUCUAUUCUCUAUUUUUUUAUGCCACUUUUAAUUUUCUGCUGGCCCCAGACAAUUUUAUUCUGGGACUUUUUCUCUCGAGGAACUGGUAUCUUUUUUUUUCCUUGCUAAAUUUAUGAAAUUAUGGAAAGGAAAAUUACUUCCUACUCCCUGCCCCUGUUGGAUUGCACCUCUAUUUUAUAAUAUGUUAUUACUAAUUGUUUAUUAUGUGUUGGUGUAAAUGGUUCCAAAAGUAACAGCAUUAUCCAGUCAAAAUAAACAGCUCCUUGAACUUGCUACUCUUGGGGUUUUUAAAUUUCGGGGUAAAUUCUCCAUGAAAGUGCACCAGACAUUCUGGUAUAAACAGCUUAGCAAGCUCCUCCUUUUAAUGAAAUAAAUCAUGGAAAUCCUUAAUUAUUUGUUAUGGAAAAAGAAGUCACCAUGGGAAGCCAACAUGCCUAAGUUGUGCUUUCUUUAGUAUAGAAGAAUUCACCAAGCCAUUUGCAAUCCUUCUGUCAGUUUUGUUGAAGCAUGGUAUCCUAUACUUUCACCGGUUCUUCAAUAUUGUAUUCCAAUAUCCACUGGUAACUAAGAUUUUUUAUUCUGUAACAUGACCCACUUAUUAAAAUUUUGCGGAGAGAAAUGCUCUGGCAAGUUUCCUUGUGCAUGUUUUCAACAUUAUACACAGGAGCAAAUGCAUACUACUAAUUAAAUUUCCAAAGUUUUAGUGGGGCAUGGUAACAGGCCACGCCCCCGCCCCAACCCCCUAGCUCUUGAAAAAUUAUAUUAAAAUGUCCAAAGUGACUUCUUAAUACCAUAAAAUUCCGAAAAUAAGCCCCUCCAAAUAUAAGCCCCCCAAUCCGGUAACGCACAAAACCCUCCGUUAAAUCGCCCCUCCAAAUAUAAGCCCCAGCGGGCUUGUACUUCAAAAAAUUGCCCUAAAAUACAAAGUAAAAAAAAGCAAAAACAGUAAAUUUACUUCCAACUACAAAUCUAACCCAAUCAAUUUUGGAACGCAAAUUUUCCUCCGAAUAUAAGCCCCUCCAAAAAUAAACCCCUCAAAAAGGGCCUUUGAAAAAUAUAAGACCCGGGACUUAUUUUCGGAAUUUUACGGUAUCUUAUUAUUAUCUAAUUACGAUAAAGAAGCGGCUGCUAAGAAUACAGCUAUUUUGAGAAAGGUUGUCGGAAAAAAUGUGCACGCGACAAUCCCGAAAGGUAAUAUGGGAUAUGAUCAAUACACUCUUCCUGACACUAGCUGUAGUUGGCGAACCUACUUUUGCUGCUUUUCUGUAGCACUCGCAAACAUACGUCCAUGGCCUCUCAUGCAACUCUUUCAAAUUUCCUUGAAGAACUUGAGUGAACGCAAAACCACCCAAAAUACCUUUCUCGAAAUAGCUGUAUAUGUUUGAAAAGUUAUUAUUAAUGUUGAAUCAUACCCAGCUGCCAUUAUAUGGUCUAAUGGUGCAAUUAAGUCCAUGAAAUAAUAUUAUACAGCCACGGCUCCCUCAGGAAGUGGACCCAGAAAAACCAAUGAAGACAGAUACUCACGUCUGUAAAAUAUCCGUUGUCUUCAAAUUACCCCACUUUUUUGGCUGGAUGAACUGCACUGAAUAAUAGUCAGACACGUACCCUUCCUUCAGUACGUAAUAUGCCCAUCAAGGUACAGACACUUUUAUUGGAGUCCUUUAAGGACAGUGAAGAGCUCGCCUACUUGAGUUGCCCUACCAAGGAAAGGAUAUUGAACCAUGUUAAUAUUUCUACCCCAUGACAUCUAUGGGCUGGCCAAGUUAGAAGAGAGCCUCACCCAUGAAAAAUUACAGAAGGCUUUUAAAUUUGUCUCACAGUCACAACCUCACAAAGUAGAGGUAUCCCUCUACUUUUAAUUUGCGGUAGCAUUCAUAAAAGUGGUGAAAUAGUCACAUUUAUUUGAACCUAAACUAAAAAGGUUAAAAAUUAAAAUUAUGCUAUUAAAAUGAUCAAGUCCAAGCUCUGCUGUUGUCUCUUGUAUUGUCAUUAAUUCUUAAUGACGAGUUCUGGGAAUAUGACUUUCUAUCAACGGGAAGUAAUAAGUGUUGGAGGUAAGUUUGUUUCAAUUCUUUUAAAUAGACGAGGUUUUUCCCUUCAAAUGGGCAUCAAAUCAACAAAAUUACUGACAAGUUCAUAUCCGGUCAUUUUUUGAUCCAAGCGCGGUGCGAAGCGCCGCUUGUGGGCGGGGCCGCAUAGCUAAGGAAAUUGGUAAUCCAGCCAUCCGAGAAAAUUUUGUAACCAAGUGACCGUACACCGAGCGAGCGAGCGGCCGUGGCGUCCGCAACACCACAGGCAUACCAAUGUAAAAUAACUCAAUCAACUAGACUACGGGCAGUCUCUCUUUUUUCUUGGUCCGUCGAGCAAAACGUCCGAGACACGCAAAUGACCACUAGCGUGGCUGAAGGCUUCGCCGCUCAACGCUCGCGCGCGCGUGCACUCCCCUUACUCAAUCUGAAGAAAAAGAGAGGCUGCUCGCAGUCUACAAUCAACAGGUAUGGGAACCCAAAUGCAACUCAAGGUUUUAUUUGGAAGAAAAUCACAUGGCCACCCGGACUUUUAGAAAGAAAAAAGUCGUGUCUUUUUCGGCGUUAUUUUUUAUGUUUACACUAACGUGGAUAACAGAGAAAGAGCUAGAGCGAGUUAUCGAAAACAAUAGAGACGAAUUUCGUAGGAAGAAAAACAUGGAAAUUCAAAGCGACAGUGAGAAGAUGGGAAAUGCUAGCGGCCAGCAAGGUGAAAAUGAGCGGCACUGAAAAAUAAAAGCGAACAUGAACACAGGAAACAAAAUAUUGGGUAAGCGCAUACGACAAUUCCUAAAUAAAAAUAAUCUGUAAUGUAUCGGUCAAAUCGAAGCUUCAACAUCCCCCUCUCCCCGGCAACUCCCCAGGCAUUUGACUUUUUUGAAAAUUAUUGUUCAAAUUCCCCCCUACCCGGGCCAAAAUGCCGUUCAAAUGCCCCACACUAGGGUCCAUUCAGGUGAUCAAAUGCCCCCACCCCGGGGACAUUUCACAGGCACAUAAAUGACAGAAAGACGGCAGAAAUGCCUUCAGUUGUCGAACAAAAUCUUUAUAAAUACAGCAAAUAAUUCACAUUCAAUGUAACAAAAACUGAGAAACACUGUACGAACAAAAGUCUCGAGCAAAGCAGCGGAAAUCACUGCUACAAGGUCACUGCAUGCUCAGCUUUUCUUCGUAUGUCAUGCAACAUACAAAGCGUUCUAUAAAAAAAAUACCACCUUGAUUACUACAUCAUGACCAUUUUACUGACCUGCAUAAUCGCGCACCUUAUUAAUUAACAUACAUGCGGUAGGUCAAAGUAAUUGACCUCUGUUGGGCUUUUUAUUGUAUAGGUAUUGUAUUUCAUUGUAAACACAACUUAAUACAUUCGUAGACUUCAUAUAUCCAAAUUCUGAAUCCAAUAUUAAAAAUAUUAAAAUUUAAAUACCUUCAAAUAUGGCACAAAGCUUAUUUCAUACUGUCACCCCAUAGGCUCAAUGACGCGUGACAUUAUACAAAACUGGCUUUGAUUGGUCGGCUUUAUCAAGUUUCCUUUUUGCACUGUAGGAAAAUUUCCAUCAAACAUUUCAGCUUCGGAGGACGUUUUACAAAAUGAAAGCUGUGAUUGAAGCAAACAAUACAUUCACCAUAGACCUCCACAAAGCCCUCAUAAAUGAUCAGAACUUCACAAGCAAAAAUCUGUUUUACUCACCGAGUAGUCUGAGUAUUCCUCUGGCUAUGACUUACAUGGGAGCGAAAGGAGAUACAGCUGGACAGAUGGCACAAGCUCUACACUGGAAAGCGAUACCUCAAGGACAGCUACACAGUGAAGAAAAACAGUAUCUUCAUGCUCUUCAAGAAACAAACGAGCAAGGGAACGAAUUGUUGGUGGCAAAUCGACUGUUUGCGCAGAAGGGCUUUAGCUUGGUGCAUGAGUUCGUUGAGGGCACGCAGAAGUAUUACAAAGCCGAAAUAGCCAUGGUAGACUACCAGAAGGAUGCUGAAGGCGCAAGGAAAGAGGUGAACGGCUGGGUUGAAGAGAAGACGAAGCAGAAGAUUAAGAAUUUAAUUCCCGAGGGAGUGUUUAACUCGCGUACGAGACUGACUUUGGUGAAUGCGAUUUACUUCCAGGGUUUUUGGCAAAAUCAGUUUGAAACAGGGAUAACUUUUCCCCAGCAAUUCUUUGUGUCCAAAGAUGAAAAAGUGGACGUCCAAAUGAUGCACUUAACAGAAAAAUUCAAGCAUAUUAAAGACGGCGGGGGGCUGACCUGUCAAGUGCUUGAGUUGCCGUACCAAGGAAAGGAUCUUUCCAUGUUAAUUUUUCUACCCCAUGACACCUUUGGGCUGGCCAAGUUAGAAGAGAGGCUCACCCAUGAAAAAUUACAGAAGGCUUUUAAAUCUGUCUCACAGUCACAACCUCAGAAAGUAUCGGUAUCCCUGCCAAGAUUUAAGCUGACCCAGCAGUUUCUUCUAAACGAGAUUCUAGCCAGAAUGGGAGUCACAGAUAUGUUCAAUGAAUAUAAAGCUGAUUUUUCAGGAAUCACAGCAGGGCCAGAGAGGAUCUAUGUGUCUCAUGUUAUUCAUAAGGCAUUUGUGGAAGUUAAUGAAAAAGGCACUGAGGCUGCUGCUGCAACUGGUUUGGUUAUGAUGGGCUGUGCAGGACUAGUGAGGAAUCCCAUCUUCUGUGUUGAUCACCCAUUUUUGUUUAUGAUUUGCCAUAAGAAGUCAAAUACAAUUUUGUUCAUGGGCCGAAUGUUGAAGCCACCAUCAAGCACUUGCUAA